AUGGCCGACAUCCUUACUUUCUACCACUUCAACGACGUCUAUCACAUCUCAGACGUGGAUCUUAUAUCCAAAUUCGCCCAUGUUUUUGCUCGGGCCAGGCAGGACAGUGAAAGUCCAGAUAUCCAGCCCCUGACCAUCUUCAGCGGAGACGUCUUUUCGCCUUCUACUGAAUCGUCAGUGCUAAAGGGCGAGCAUAUGGUCCCUGUUCUCAAUCACCUGGAUAUUGAUCUUGCGUGCUACGGGAAUCAUGACUUCGACUUUGGUGAAAGCCGACUUAUAGAAUUGUCUGGAAAGACGAAUUUUCCCUGGAUACUAUCAAAUGUAGUACAUGCAACACCCCAUAAGAACCCGGAUUCCCACGUGAGAGAUGGAAGCCUGCUUGCUCUUGCACAGGAGUAUGUUAUCAAGACAAUGGGCCAGUAUAAGAUCGGAUUUAUUGGCCUGGCUGGGACAGACUGGCCAUCAAACUGCCAACAUCUACCACCAGCCAGCUUCCGUUCCCCAGCCGAAGUGGCCCAUAAACUAGCCGUACAUCUACGUACCGUGGAAGGAUGCGAUUUUGUCAUUGCGGUUACACAUAUGCGCCUUGCCGAAGACCUUUCCGUGUCAAACGCUACUUUGGAUGGGGAUGGGCGUGUUGACUUACUCCUGGGAGGACAUGACCACGAUGUUGUUUGUCGGAUUCUGGGUGACACCGAUCAUAAUCCAGGGACCAUACUCCAAGGAAUAACAGAUAGUGCUGCUAGAAUCGGGAACGGGGAAAUAGUGCACGUUGAAGGUAACGUAAGAGUCAUCAAGAGUGGAACAGACUGGAGAUCCUACUCUGUCGUACAGCUCAAGGUUCGGAAAGAAAGGGACGGUAAAGCACAGCUUAACAAUAUUGAAGUCACUCAAUAUCUGGAUCUCACUCGGAUGCAAACUUACCAGAAAAUACCGAAAUGCUCAAAGACGUUAUCAAUUCUUGGAUCUGUUCAAAACCAAAUAAUGGAUGCUGUUCGACAUCCGCUGUUUCACACUCGUGUGCCGCUCGAUGGCCGCUCGGCUGUUAUUCGCAGCCAGGAAACUAAUCUAGGGAACAUGCUGGCCGAUGCAGUCCGAGCAUUCUACGAUACUGAUAUUGCAUUCAUUAACAGUGGAGGAGUGAGAUGCGACAGGAUAAUUGCAGAGACCAAUGGGAAUAACGCAUUGAAAGUCAAAGAUAUCAUAGGUGAGAACUGCAUCAGCUUUAUCAUAAGUAUAACCAAGGCUCAUAAGUUCCAAUGCACAGACAUCAUGCCAUUCGACAACGCAUUUGUUGUCAAAAGAGUCGGUGGAGCGACUUUGCUAUCGGCCUUGGAAAAUUCCGUCGGUGAUUCUCACACGGAUGGACGUUUUCUACAGGUUUCUGGCAUACGAUUCAAGGCUAGUUGGCAGAGGCCAGAAGGAAGUCGUGUUCUUGAAGCAUUCUUCGAACCAAAGGCCGGUGAGCUGGAGGAGAUUAAGCCGGGACGGAGUUAUACUAUUGCCAUGGUUUCAUUCAUAGCCACUGGCUUCGACGGAUAUGAUUGCUUCAAGGCGGAGGAGAUACUGGUCGAUGCAGAGAGUGCAAUGACAGAUACUAGCCUGAUGCUGCAGAUUUUCAGGCAUUCCCGGAAAUGUAGCAGUAUACAGAGCCGUCAAAUUAACAAUGCUGAUGGGAAAGUGGAAGAUAAUGCUGAAGGAGAUGAUAAGAUUGAAAUGGGGGUGCAACGUGCCAUGGAGGCGAUUAUCACAGGUUAUGAUGAUGCUGAUGGCCUGCCAAUUGUAAGUCCAGUUAUCGACAAUCGGCUUAUCUUCGUCUCGACGAGCUGUACCGAUCUAUCAUAG